AGAUUUGGACUCAUUUGAAGAGUUGAAAGUGCUUCCAGCAAGGAAAUCAUGUUUCAGGAUACUAGCAGGCAUGGAUUUGACGGGUUCCCUUUCCAGUGACAUCCUAUCAUUAUCUGAAUUGCAAUAUCUGGAUCUAUCUAACAACAAGGGUCUGACUGGAACUCUUCCAUCAUUGAUCGGGAAUUUGAAUCAGCUUACAACCUUAAUCCUCAUUGGUUGCAGUUUCUUUGGUCCAAUUCCAGACUCAAUAGGAUCUCUGCAGCAACUGGUCUUCUUCAUUGUCUGCAGAGCUCUGAAUGCGAACAACUUCAGUGGACCAAUCCCGCCUUCCAUUGGUAAUUUGUCUAAUCUUUCAUGGCUAGAUUUAACUGAGAACCAGCUUAAUGGAACAAUUCCAGUCUCUAGUGGGAGCACAACUGGUCUGGAUAUGCUAGUUAAAGCAAGGCACUU